AUGCCAGGACUCCACCCCGAUUUUUGGAUGAACAGGUUGACGGACAGUUGUUGAUUGUUGCCAUCAUUGGUGUGUAGUGCCUUAUUUACAGGUUAGGAUAGUUCAUAAUUGUUAAUUCAAGUAAAUGAACUUCAAAGAACGCAUAAAACAAUCUGGUCGCAGGAUGCUGUCUAUAAUAUUGGGUGUAUUGGUUUUUAUUUGCAGAAUAAUAUUUGCGUUCCUACAUUCACUGUACAGAUGUGUCAUUCCGUGCCCUCCGAAAGCGGUAGAAGGAAAAGUCAUAUUAAUCACCGGGGCAGGACACGGGAUAGGCCGCGAGACUGCACUGAGAUUUGCUCGUCUAGGGGCUAGACUGGUUCUAUGGGAUAUAAACAAGACGGAUAAUGAACAAACUGCAGAAGAUGCUCGGAAUGUCGGUGCAGGAGCCUGUGCUUAUACAGUUGAUGUCAGCAAUAAAAGCGCUGUUUAUGCAGCAGCUCAAAAAGUUCAGGAUGAGGUCGGAGAUGUGGAUAUUCUUAUAAACAAUGCAGGAAUCCUAUGUGGAGAGUUACUUCUAGAACUGACUGAUGAGCAGAUUGAGCGAACUUUUGGCGUAAACAUUUUGGCACAUUUUUGGAUUAUCCGCUCAUUUCUUCCGCGGAUGCUGGAACGGGAUAGUGGUCAUAUUGUGACGAUAGCGUCAUUAGCUGGUUAUUUUGGAACGCAUCGCCUUGUUGACUACUCAUCCAGCAAAUUUGCUGCUGUAGGUCUAAACGACGCACUUAGAAAUGAGCUACGAAUGCUAAACAAAACUGAAAUUCAUUUAUCAGUUGUGUGUCCCACUUUUGUCAGCACAGGAUUGAUUCACAAUGUAGCACAAAGGAUUCUCUUCAAAAUGAUUACAGCCGAAGAUGUUGCUGAAGCAAUCGUCUAUGGAGUGCAAAGAAAUCAAAGACAUAUUUUUCCAAAGGCUGGGAUUCAGAGUCGUCUGGGAAUCAUGUUGAAUGCGAUUUUGCCCUACAGGGUGAAUGAAGUGUUAGAGGAAGCUAUUGGUAUUACCAUUGGAUCACAGUCGAAGAAACAACUUUAAAGGACAAUAAUACAAUCGUUAAAUGUUACAGAAGAUCAUCUUUAAUUUUU